UUGGUAGAACAUCUCCUGGAUCCGUCACGGUACAACAAGCUGAUCCGCCCGGCCACCAAUGGAUCCGAGUUGGUCACUGUGCAGCUGAUGGUAUCGUUGGCUCAGCUCAUCAGUGUGCACGAGAGGGAGCAGAUCAUGACCACCAACGUGUGGCUGACCCAGGAAUGGGAGGAUUAUCGCCUUACGUGGAACCCGGAAGAGUUUGAUGACAUGAAGAAGGUGCGGCUGCCAUCCAAACACAUCUGGCUUCCAGAUGUUGUACUCUACAACAAUGCCGACGGGAUGUACGAGGUGUCCUUCUACUCCAACGCCGUCGUCUCCUACGACGGCAGCAUCUUCUGGCUCCCUCCGGCCAUCUACAAGAGUGCCUGCAAAAUCGAGGUGAAGCAUUUCCCCUUCGACCAGCAGAACUGCACCAUGAAGUUCCGCUCGUGGACCUACGACCGGACGGAGAUCGACUUGGUGCUGAAGAGCGAGGUGGCCAGCUUGGACGACUUCACCCCCAGCGGGGAGUGGGACAUCAUUGCCCUGCCGGGACGGCGCAACGAGAACCCCAACGACUCCACCUAUGUGGACAUCACCUACGACUUCAUCAUCCGCCGCAAGCCGCUCUUCUACACCAUCAACCUCAUCAUCCCUUGCAUCCUCAUCACCUCCUUAGCCAUCCUGGUCUUCUACCUGCCCUCCGACUGCGGCGAGAAGAUGACCCUCUGCAUCUCGGUCCUCUUGGCUCUCACCGUCUUCCUGCUUCUCAUCUCCAAGAUCGUGCCGCCCACCUCGCUGGACGUGCCGCUGGUGGGCAAGUAUCUGAUGUUCACCAUGGUCUUGGUCACCUUCUCCAUCGUCACCAGCGUCUGUGUGUUGAACGUCCACCACCGCUCGCCGACCACCCACACCAUGCCGCCCUGGGUCAAGGUGGUCUUCCUCGACAAGCUGCCCACCCUCCUCUUCAUGAAGCAGCCCCGGCAGAACUGCGCCCGCCAGAGGUUGCGCCAGAAGCGGCAGAACCAGGAGCGGACGACCGGAAGCUUCUUCCUCCGUGAAGGAGCCAGGUCCUGCACUUGCUAUGUCAACCCGUCCACGGUCAAGAAGUUCGGGACUGGGAGCGGUGGUGGUGAUGGCGGGGGACGGCCCUUUACGGAAACGUCGGAGCCGGGAGUCAACGGUUACCGGGACAGGCCGGGUCAAACGGUGCCCCCACCAGGCCCCUGUUGCUGCGGCCUGGAGGAGGCUGUGGACGGAGUACGCUUCAUAGCGGAUCAUAUGAAGAGCGAAGACGAUGACCAGAGUGUGAGCGAGGACUGGAAGUACGUUGCCAUGGUGAUCGACCGCCUCUUCCUGUGGAUCUUCGUCUUUGUCUGCGUCUUUGGCACCAUCGGCAUGUUCCUGCAGCCUCUCUUCCAGAACUAUGCCACCAAUUCCCUCCUGCAGAUCAACCACGGUGGUUCCGGCUCCAAGUAGCACCUGGUC